CUCACAGCUGUAAGUACACAUUGACCCCGGGGAGUCAGAUGCAGGGGUGAGACAACUCUGUUUUUACAGACACAACGCCGCAAAGGACAGUUUGAGUGUACGCCUUUGGAAAUAUUAGCCCUCAUUCAGAAAUGGGGACGUUGUUGAAGAUCGGCAGGUAGACAUCAGGUUUUUUUUCAACUCCACUGCUGCCAGUGUGAAGAUCAAUUCCAGGCAUUUUCACCAACACUGACAGCAAGUUAACUACAGCUGUCCACUCCUGCCACUCCUCCUCCAAACCUGUUUCUGUGCACACCUCACUGGCUCAAGUCUUCAAUAUGUAUCAGAUUGUUCCGGUGGCUCCUGGGGAGCAGCAGAUGGCCGGGGGAGCUGGAUCCUCGCCACUAAAGAAGAAACUGGCUCAGGAGGGCCGACCCCUGGUGAUGGCAGGAAUGUUAGGCUGUGUGUUGGUGCUGGCUGCCGUGGUUGCCUGGUGCUAUUACUCAGCAUCUCUCCGUAAAGCUCAGCUGCUGAAGACUGAGUUAUUAGACCUCAACAAGGAUGGUUUUAUCAUUCGUAACCAGGCAGGGGCUGUCAUCUUCACUAUGACCUUCAGGUCUGGCACUCUGGAUCUGGACUCCUGCUCUAAGGAGGCAAGUAUUCUGAGCUGCGCUCAGUCAGAUUCUGGCAAGCUCAACUUCUUUAUCCAGACAGUUCGACCAAAGGACACGGUGAUGUGUUACCGUGUUCGCUGGGAGGAGCUGCAAAAUAAGCGCUCAGUGGAGCACACCAUGGCCUAUAAUGAUUCUCAUUGGUAUGGAGGGGCAGAGACAGCAACACAGUACUGGCCUAUCAAGAUUCAGGGCGAGGAGGAACCACGGCCUUUCAUCACCAGUGAUGUCUACUCUAAUCGGAACGCUUUUGGGGGAAUCCUGGAACGCUAUUGGCUGUCAUCGAAUGCAACUGCGAUCAAGAUUAAUGACUCCGUACCAUUUCAUUUGGGCUGGUCAGAGAGGGACAGGACACUGAGGUUCCAGGCCCGGUACGAGGACUCUCCCUUCAGACCACCAGAGGGACAGCAGGCCUUACCUGAACUCAGCUAUAGAGUGUGUGUGGGGUCAGAUGUUACAUCUAUUCACAAAUACAUGGUGCGUCGGUAUUUCCCAAAGCCUGUCAAGGUCCCAUCUGCUGAAGUGUUCAAACAUCCAGUGUGGUCCACAUGGGCUCUCCACAAAACAUCUGUAACUCAGGAGAAGCUGCUGCGCUACGCAUCUGACAUCACCAAGCAUGGCUUCACAUGCUCCCAUCUGGAGCUGGACGACCGCUACACUGCUGACUAUGGAGAGUUUGACUUUGACCCGCAGAAGUUCCCCAAUGCCAGCGGUAUGUUUGACAAACUCAGAGAGGAUGGGUUUCAGGUGUCGCUCUGGACACAUCCUUUUAUCAACUACGACUCCAUUAACUUUGGUGUUGCUGUGGAGAAAGGGUUGUUUGUUCGGGAGCCGAGCGGUGAGCUGCCUGCUCUAGUUCGCUGGUGGAACGGCAUCGGAGGAAUCUUGGACUUUACCAACCCAGAAGCCCGUGAGUGGUACUCCUUGCAUCUGCGCAUGCUCAAAACGCACUAUGAUGUGAUCUCCUUCAAGUUCGAUGCAGGGGAGACAAGCUACCUCCCCCACCAGUUUAGCACCCUGGUCCCACUUUCUGACCCCUCCACCUUCACCCGCCGCUACACAGAGAUGGCCAUACCCUUCAGUGAGCGUGCUGAGCUGAGGGUGGGUUACCAAAGUCAGAACAUCUCGUGCUUCUCGAGGAUCAUCGACAGAGACUCAGUGUGGGGCUACGAGCUUGGCCUCAAGUCCAUCAUUCCAACUGUUCUGACGAUUAGCAUUCUGGGCUACCAGUUUGUAUUACCUGAUAUGAUCGGAGGAAAUGCCUACCCCAACCGCACUACAGGUGGUUUAGAUGGCAAAAAUGGUCUGCCAGACAGAGAGCUGUACAUCCGAUGGUUGGAGCUGUCUGCUUUUAUGCCUGCCAUGCAGUUCUCUAUACCACCGUGGGCCUAUGACAAUGAAGUGGUAGAGAUAGCGCAGAAGUUUACAGAGCUUCACAAGACCCUGGUGGCUCCAAGGGUUCUCGAACUGGCGGGCGAGGUUCUUGAUACUGGAGAUCCAAUCAUAAGGCCCCUUUGGUGGAUUGCCAAUGACGACGAGGCAGCCUAUAAGAUCGACUCCCAGUUUCUGAUCGGGGAUGACCUGAUGGUAGCUCCGGUGUUAGAGCCAGGAAAGCAGGAGAGGGACAUCUACCUGCCUGCAGGACGAUGGAGAAGCUACAAGGGGGAGCAUUUUGAUAAAGGCCCCAUUCACCUCACUGACUACCCUGUGGACCUGGAUGAGGUAGCUUUCUUUACAUGGGUUCACUGAGGAUGUUUAAAAGAGUUAAAGACGCAUAAACUCACACACACAAAUACGUUAUGCACAUGUACAUUCUUGUGAGCACACAUGCCAAAAAAUAGCAGGAGGUGUUUGUUUUUCAAAGGGAAAUGACCACUAGGGAUCUGUUGCCACAGCAGAGUGUGAUUUUGGUAAAGAUUAACCUCAUGUCUCCUCUGACCUGCUAUUUAUCUGGACUUCUGCCUUCAGAUUUUAACCGUCCACCCAAAGAAUUAGAAAGAAUGUUGUGUUCACUUCUGAUUCUCUUUUUCCAUCCUUAAGAUGAUCCUCAUCCUCAUGUGCCUUCCACAGCCAAUAUUGAAACCGAUCUCAGAUUGUAUUGUCACCAUAGACUUCCACCUAAUGGACAUCUAGAUUACAAAUUUUUAUUAAAAGCCUGAGUCCCAUAGCUAGACUGGUUUGGGCUUUCGCGUGAGAAUUGGAUUUAUUUCCCUCUGUGUGAAUUUUAUUUCAGGGUGGAUUAAAUAAGCUGCGAUAAGGGAACUGAUAUGUGUCUUUACUGUGGUUUCAGAGGGUUGGCACUGAACCGGCAAUAAAUAUGCACUCUGAGUUGGACAGAUGCAACCCUGCUCAGAGGGCAUGCUUAACCUCAUGUCACCUUGGCAACUGCUGUAUUUUGAUUUUUACAUUCUCAACUACCUGUUUAAGCUAACAUACAUUAAUUUGUAAUAAUGCAAAUUACAAAUGCAAAUUAUUAAUUUGCAUUAAGCAACUGUGACAACAAAAUGUAACUCAUUUUUUAAUCUCUUGCUCUUUAUAUUUAUAUAGUUUUAGCAACUCUGUUGAUUUGCUUUCUUUUGAUUAGAAUCAUUAUUUAAGUGUAUAUAAAAUAAUUUAAUGUGACUCUGGGUUUAAAUUAGGGGCUACUUGUCAUCAGACGUGAUCAACAGACUGUGUAUUUGUAUCGCAGCAUUCCCUGAUCUGUAGUACCAUUCUGUCAUUUGAGUGCCAAAAUUGUCGCUUUUUCAUCUUUCAUCUAAAUUCACAGCUCAGGGUAGAUUUAAAAGAAAACAUUUGUUAUUUUAGAAUUAAUUUUGUUGAUCUACAGCAAGAAAUACAUUUAUUAUACUACUGAUACUGGUUUGUCUUGUAAAACAAGUAUUGUUCUCAAAGAUGCCAUUUUUUAAUGUGCCGUCCAUGUCUGCCUUGUGACUUUAAUUUGCCUUAUCAGCUGAACUAAGGUCUGCCAGCCUUAGCACAGAGAACCAGUGGGGUAAUAAAACACCCACUUCAGCACACAGUGAUAUGCUAGAUGCACUGCACCUUUAUGUUUUUAAAUACUGUCACUGAACAAGUACAUGAGGAGUUUUAUUCUAAAAUGAGAUACUUUAUCUGCCAUCUGAAUGUACUAUGUCUGUCUGCUCUUACACAGUUAUUGCUGGCAUGAGAGCCAAGCACACUGGUACUUGUUAAGUCAUCUAUAUGCCUUUCUUGAAAAUAAUUACACUAUAUAAGAUAGAGUCAUUGCUGUUUGGCUGCAUAUAUAAAUAUGUGUAUGUAUAUGUA